UGUAUCGCGUUUUAUGUUUAAGUUUAUUUAUUGCUGCUGUGCAGUCGGCUAUGAUAAAAAGCCAAUGUCCAUCAGAGGAGGUCUACCGGUCGUGCGCGUUCUACGAGGAGUAUUUCUGCUGGACGUCGGCGAAUCGCACCAAUCGUGUCUACAGGGUGCCGAAAAAGCUGGGGUUGUGUAGACCAGGGUGUUAUUGCAAACAGGGCUUCGUCCGCAGCUACCCCGGCGGCGCGUGCAUCGCGCUGCGUCGCUGUAUGAGCUACCGCGCGCGCGCCGUGCUCGAACGCCGGGAGGAGCACGCGCGCACGCGGUACUACAAGGUCACUAGGAACUUCCGGGUAGACGAAUAGACAGGCUUACAAGGAUGAAAAGGACGCCUAGAUGGUAUACUAAAUACUUAUAACAGACUUACAAGGAUCAACACAUCUUCAUACAGAAUCAAAAAAAUUCCGGACAGCGUAAUUAAGAAUUUCAAGGCGAAUGUGUUACAGUGAAAACAGGUAACAAGGAUUAAAAAAUAUUGAACAGUGCUUCAAGGAUAUUUUAGGAUGAUAUUAAAUUAGGGACCACAAGAAACUUUCAGAUGGAAGACAAUGCAAAAAUUAUUGAUUUACAAGUGUA